AUGUUUGCUGACACACAGGGAACAAGGGUGCAAGCAUUAAUCUGGAGCAAUGACCUUGACUUUUAUGAAAAUACAUUCGAACCCUACAAGCGCUAUCAAAUAUCAAAUGCUAAUUUGAUAUACACUGAACCACGUUUUCAACUUGAUUCAUAUGAAUAUUCAUGGACACUAAGCAAACUGACACUCAUUGAACCUUUUCAAGAUGAAACCUCAACAACACUCACAUGCAAUUUCACCUUUACUCCCUUUAGUGACCUGCACAAAUAUGCAGAUGAGGAAAGAGAUAUAAAUGUGAGGGGUAUUGUAAUAAAAUGUUUUCCAAGUCAAAAGAUGAAACAAGGCCAAGAGCCAUCUUCAAAAAGAGAUGAAAAACUUUUAAUAUUAACAUUAUGGAAUUACAUCAAUGAAAAUGAAGGCAAUACCUUAGACCAAAUAGUGGAAUCCGGGCCAAUGAUAUUCGCACUGAGAGUAAAGGUGACAACUUUCUACGGACAAUCUCUCUCAACAAGUAGUAGCUCUGCAAUUCUUAUAAAUCCACCAGCGACAGAUGAUUUACAGCUAAAAAAUUGGUCUAGGGCAAUAGUUGAAAUCGAUGAUGGUACCGGCUCAAUUGCAACAAUGAUUUCAACGCCAGAAAUUGAAAAGUUCAUGAAAGUCGACUACAAUGAAAUCAAAGAUGCAGGAGAAAAUGUAAGCCUAUUAUUUUAA